GUAUUGAACAAACGACCAAGAACUCACCAAAUAUACUUGAUCAACCAUCAACCAUCAACCAUCAACCAUCAACCAGCAAAAUGUCUGCGGAACUAAAGCUCGAGGGUCGCUACCGACUUGAAGUAGUCGGCGGGAACGAGACCAUCAACAGAGCCCUGAUCCAACAGCUGCCCACCUUGCGCGGCAGCAUAGUGGCAGGCGUUGCUGCCGAUGCCGGAUCGUCGCCGUCGACCCAGGCCUGCGAGAUCUUCCCCUCGUCGGCCUCGUCAGCGACCCCCUUGACGCUCUUCGCCGACAAGCCUUCCGGGGAAACCAUCUACGCGCUGCGCGGGCCCUCGGGCAAGGGCGACCUGCAGCUCGUGCAGAUGCCCGCGCCCACCGGGGAGGGACGCAGGUUGGUGGGCUCGAGCGUCAUGUCGGACGGCUGGAAGAUUGUCGAGUCGUGGGGCAGGCUGCUGCUGAGGUACAGCGAGGAGCCGGUGGGGCUCAGCCACUGGGUUGCCGUGCCCCGCGAGGAGGAGGGCGAGGAUGGAAAGGCCACCAAGAGGUGGACGUUUUGGUGGGUGGCGCCGAACGGGGCCAACAUGAACGACUUGCCGGGGCAUGUGAUCGUUGAUAUUCAGGUUGUUCCCGUGGAGUGAGAUUUACAAACGCGCUGAGGAGCAUUUUUCGGGAAAUAAAAACGACAAACACUUGGCCGCAGCCGUUGUUUUGUAAAAGUGUCCAUGUUUUUGUUUUUGUUUUUGUGUGUGCUAAAUGAU